GUGACAUCUCUCUCCGUUUCUUUCCUCUCCUCGGCGAAAGGGGAGAUCUCUCCCGAUCGGUGGUUCUGUUGGAUGAUCAGGCGACGUCUCCGUCGGUGGCUGUCGUCGAGGAAGGGCCACGGCGAUCUCCCUAUCUGUCUCUUUCCUCUCCUCGGCGGAAUCGUUACGAGCUCUAUCUCAGGCAAAUCGAAGAUGGAAUGAUCAAGAGCCAGACGAUUUUUCAUUCAAAAAGCAGAAGAUCAAGGGCUACAUGUUAAAGGUUGUUUGAUGAAGAUGCAAUGGCAAGGUUCGUGAGACAAAAGUCCUAUGCUUGCUGAUAGAGGUACCGCUGAUUCAGCCUUCGACGGCGACACUCCUGCUGGCCGUCGGGAACGAAAAACUUGGUCACCAGCGGACGAUGUGUUGCUGAUCAGCUCGUGGUUAAACACGAGCAAAGAUCCAGUUGUUAGCACCGAGCAAAAGUCAGGCGCUUUCUGGACAAGAAUAGCAGCCUACUUUGCUGCAAGUCGUCAAGAUGGUGGCUCCGACCAGAGAGGGGCUAGUCAUUGCAAGCACCGUUGGCAGAAGAUCAAUGAUCUCGUCUGCAAAUUCUGUGGAGCCUAUGAAGCUGCAAAGAGAGAGAAGACAUCGGGUCAAAACGAAAAUGAUGUUCUCAAACUUGCGCAUCAAAUAUUUUUCAACAACCAUAAGAAGAAAUUCCUCCUUGAACACGCGUAGAAGGAACUGAGGCACGACCAGAAGUGGUGUGAGCUUUCAACUGCUAAGAAUGAAGGAACCUCUAAAAAAAGAAAGGGCGAGGACGGUGGUGAUUCUUCAACAUCUCAAGCAGAUUCUAAGAAGCGUCCACCAGGUGUUAAAGCCUCAAAGGCGAGUGGUAAGCAGACGGUUGAUCAAGAGAAGCAAGUGAAGGAGUUUGAGAGGAUUUGGACAAUCAAGCAGAAGGAAAUUGAUGCUAAGGAACGCCUGACUAAGAUGAGCCUGCUUGAUAGUCUUAUUGGAAAAAAAGAGCCUUUGGCUGAGUAUGAAGAGUCCCUUAAGAAAAAACUAAUCAAUGAAUUGUUCUGAUUGUAGUUCUUGUGCUGUUUGUUGUUCUGUUUGUUGUUGGCUUUCAGUUUCUCGUUUCACCGGAUGUUGUUGUUCUGUUUAAUCAAGUUCUUGUAAUGCUACAAUGUUCAUGUUUAAUUUAAUCAAGUAACCUUGUUUCUGUUGAUAUAGCUGUUGCUGUUGUUCCUGUUGUCACUUGUUAUAUGACACUGAUGUUCCUGUUUUAUUGUUUUGUAGUCUAGUAUCACGGGAGUGGCGACUUGGACAAGAACAGGAGAGAGUGGAAAGGCAGACAAGACCACACGAGUAUUGUAUCACGGGACUUGUACUCUUGCAUUGUUUUGGUCACGGGAGUUGUACUCUUGCAGUGUUUUGGUCACGAGUCUUUGUAACGAUCUAUCACGAGAAUGCAUGUAUUUUUUCACGGGUCUUUGUAAGACUUAUAAAAUGUAACGAGACUUCUAUCACUUUCUUCAUUCUCUCAAUUCUCUUCAUCAAAACAAUCCGUUCUCAUUAUUCUCUCAGUUCUCUUCAUCAAAACAAUCCGUUUCUCAAGUUAUAAACAAUCAGUUCCCUUUAUUCUCUCUAUUCUCGUGUUAUCAAUAUCUCUCUUUUAACCUCAUUAUCUCAUCACAACCACACUUAUAAAAAUCUACAAAAUUUCAUCUAAUGGCAUCUUCCUCUCAUAACAAUUUAGAAGACUCUAGUUAUGAUGCGUUCGAUCAAUAUUUUGAUCAUCAAUUCGAUGAAGCAUUUGAGAAUUUGUGCAAUACUUUUGGUGAUCAAACAGAAGAAAAGAAAACAAGAAAAAAAAGAGUUUUUAUCGAAAGAAACCGUGAAGAAGGUCAUAUCCGAUUAUGGAAUGAUUAUUUUAGUGACGCUCCAACGUAUCCAGAAAACCUAUUCCGGCGACGAUUUCGUAUGAACAAACCAUUGUUUAUAUAUAUUGUUGAUCGUCUCUCAAGUGAAGUUCCAUUCUUUCGCCAGAAGAAGGACGGUCUCAGAAGGCUUGGUCUCUCUACACUUCAGAAGUGCACGGCAGCUAUUCGUGUGUUGGCAUAUGGUUAUGCGCUUGAUGCGGUCGACGAAUACCUCAGGCUCGGUGCAACCACUACUCGGUUAUGUGUGGAAAAUUUUGUGGAAGCAAUAAUAGAUUUGUUCGGAAAUCAGUACCUAAGAAGACCAACACAAGAUGAUCUUCAACGUCUCCUUCAUAUUGGAGAGAUUCGUGGGUUUCCCGGGAUGAUAGGAAGCGUCGAUUGUAUGCAUUGGGAGUGGAAGAAUUGUCCCACCGCUUGGAAAGGGCAAUAUUCUCGCGGUUCUGGAAAACCGACUAUCGUUUUAGAGGCGGUUGCUUCAUAUUAUCUUUGGAUAUGGCAUGCGUUUUUCGGACCUCCAGGUACGUUAAAUGACAUCAAUGUUCUCGAUCGCUCUCCUCUUUUUGAUGACAUAAUAAAUAGUCAAGCUCCGCAAGUGAAUUUCACGGCCAACGGAAGAGAUUAUCAUUUGGCUUACUAUCUCACCGAUGGCAUUUAUCCGAAAUGGGCAACUUUUAUCCAAUCUAUUCCAAUUCCACAAGGGCCUAAAGCGGUUUUAUUUGCUCAACAUCAAGAAGCUGCCCGAAAAGAUGUCGAACGUGCUUUCGGAGUCUUGCAAGCUCGAUAUGCAAUUGUUAAAAACCCGGCACUUUGUUGGGAUAAAGUCAAGAUUGGAAAGAUUAUGAGAGCAUGUAUCAUACUCCAUAAUAUGAUAGUAGAAAAUGAACGAGAUGACCAAACUCAAUACGAUGUUUCUGAUUUUCAACAAGGAGAAGGAAGCGGAAGUUCACAUGUCGAUUUCACAUAUUCAACAGAUAUCCCUACAAAUAUCGCUAAUCAGAUGGGUGUUCGAACAAGGAUUCGUGAUAGACAAGCACAUCAACAACUGAAAGGUGAUUUGGUUGAACAUAUUUGGCGUAAAUUUGGACAUGAUCAAGAUACCAACUGAGUUUCGAUGUCUCGUUCAAACUAUUAUCGUUUGUUUUAAUAAUCUUUGUUUCCAUGCUUUUAUGUUUGUUUUUUAAAAUUUAUGUUUGAAAUGUUAUGUUUAACUAUGUUUUUUUAACUUAAUAAAUUUUAUCUUUUAUAAAAAAAUUAUGUUUAAAAAUAAAUUUAAUAUUUUUUUAUUGUUAAGCACCCUAAGUUAAGCAACUACCAAUAAACCAAUUUCAUUAAGUGUUUCUUAAUUUGUUGCUUAGCUUUAUUUUUAAUACUUAAAAAUUCAUUAAGCAACUCUAAAGGUUGUUAGCAAUAAACAUGCUCUAAUGGUGCAACUAUAAAAGUCUAAAAUGUCAUCUGAAUUAUAAACUAAUGAUAAAGUAAAUAAAUAUAAAAUAUGUAGAAUUGUAAAACGUUUGAUAAUGGAGCACAGCCGACUACUAGUUAUCUAAUUCAAGCCACACCAUUUGUCGUCAGCUGCCAAUGUUCUUGUCUCGUCAUUUUUCAUAAAACAGAAAAAGAAUUAAAAACUGAGAAUAUAUUUUUUCGUGUUAUUGCAAAUGGCCGUACGAAAUUAAAACUCACACGCUAUGAAAACUACGCAAAGGGAAACCCUACCCGUAGCCCCAGAAUCUUAGCACAUGUUCUAAAAUUUUGCACCAUUUAUUAUUAUUAUUAUUAAUUACAUUGGUUACAGAAUUGUAAUGAUUGCAGAACAACUAUGCAUGCUCUUAGUUAUUUCAGUUGAUAGACUCUGGUUACAGAAUUCUAGUGCUAUUGCAUAACAACCAGGCAUGCUCCUAAUUCUUGAUUUUGCAUGCAAGUUUUGAUAUCUAAACUCCGGUGGAAAAUAUUUUAUUUUACCAGUCUCAAAACCCAAAAUGGUUACCAUAUUAUGAUCCUUCAAAGCCUGUAAUCAACCAUCCUACUACCAUGCACGAGUUGUUUUUGAAGAUAAGAACAAAAUUUUGAGAUUAUGGCAAAAAUUAAAUUAGGCUAGUAGAGAGAUGCAUAUGAGAUCAUAAGCAUAGUUAUUAAGUACGGAGGACCGCCUCCAAACAUGUUCAGUGAGAUAGGAGAUUCGAAGAAAGAUGAUGGAUGGGUCAUGACAUGACUGAAUAUGCAUUCAAAGAUUAAAGUUAGACAUUUUUUUCCUUUAUCUUGUUUUCUUUGAAGUUGUACGACUUCACAAUAUUAGAUUCUCUUUACAUGAUCUUCUUAAUUUCAAACUCGUCCCAUGGAAUAGACAAUGAAAUAUUUGAUGAGAAAAAGAUCUUCCAAAUAUUUCAAACUACAUGAUAUAUAAGAUGUCAGUUAUUUUUUUUACGGCAUAUAAGAUGUCAGUUAUACGUCAUCUUUUGUAAUAAAUUCAACUGAAGAAUUAGGAUAUUAAGUUAUUAACAUUAAUAAAUUGUUUUAGCAUACAUAUGUAUAGGAAUAAAAUAUGAUAUACUUGAAAAUUAUCAACUAUCCUCCGAUCAUAUUUGUUGAUUCCAUUAUGCCCUAAAAACUCAGCAAUCUUAAGAAUUAGUUAAUUAUCAAUAUCUGAAAUUCUGCGUCGUCCGUUUUUUCUUCAAAGUACCUAUACAUUUUUCUUAAAUUGUAUAUAUUUUGUGUUUUGUGUUGGCUAUUCGUUCAAAGUUCAAACUCAAAAAGUUGUUUUCGGAAAUCUUGCUUUCAUGUGUUCUGUUAAGAUAAAGCGAAACUGAUAUAUAUCAUAGUUCGAUCUUUGUUUAUAAAAAAAGGUUCUAACUUUAACUAUCGUACACCGAUGUGUUCCAAAAAAACUAUCCUACACUGAAAAGAAUUAAGCAUUCAUUUUUCCUCCAAAAUAAGGCUGAUCUAUAGAGUAAAUUAUCUUGAAAAGUAUAGUAAAACAGCCACAAGAUCAGAUUAUUUAUAUAAGUGCAUUGUUGUCUAAACAUAAUAAAGAAGGUUUUUAGGGGAAAUCUGAGAAAGAAAAAUGAAAGAAUAAAAUGAAAUAAAAAGAGAAAAAGGAAAGCUUAAACUGAAAUUGUGCAAGUUGUGUUUGGCUAUUGUUGUUGGUGCAUGUUGCUUGAGAAGGGAAUCUCAGAUAUGUAGCUGUUCCCUUGAAGAACAAAAAAAAGAAGCAUUAAAUUUUUGGGUUUCAUUCUACAUAAAAUUCAAUCUACUUUUGAAGAGAAUUCUUGUCAGAGAUGCAUUUUCUAUUGUCUAUGCUGCCAGAAAAAUUAAAAAAAAAAAGAAAUAAAAAAAAA